AUGAUAAAUAAUCAAUAUUAUGAAAAACAAGCAUUUCUCGAUCAUUCUAAUGGUCAUUGUUUAUCAUCAUCAAGUGAUAAUGAAACAAUGUCGCGAUAUUUGAAAAUUCAACGAAAUUUUAAGCGUUUUUAUAUCACAACAAAACUUCGUUCAUCAUGGAUACGUAUUCUUUUAUAUCUUCUUCUUUUUAUUAUCUAUUCAAUUUUUAUUAUAAAUUUCUAUGAGUAUUUUUUUGUUCAACCCGAUUUUUCAUCUAAAUUAUUAAGUUCUUCAUAUGCUUGUCAUGAUACACCAUCGUGUACUAUUAAAAAUGGCUUAUUAAUAAGAAAUGAAAAAGUUAUACAAAAUAAAAAUUAUUCACGAAAUGCAUUUUUUUCUGCUUUAUAUACUGAUAAUUAUUUACUUGGUGCACUUAUUCUUGGUUAUACAAUACAAAUAUAUCAUCCAAAUCAUCCAAUGUAUAUGCUUUAUUUUCAAGAUAGAUUAUACAAUGAAACAACCCUGUGUGCUUUACAAAUAAUUGGAUGGAAAUUAAUGAAUGUUAAACGAAUUCCAUCAGUACCUGGUACAAAUAAAAAAUAUGUUGAUCAAUUUACAAAAUUAAUUCUUUGGAAUAUGACACAAUUUGAUUCAAUUGUUUAUCUUGAUUGUGAUACAGUUGUUUUAAAUGAUCUUUCUCAUUUACAUGAACUUGUUAUGGAACCAAAGCGAACUGGUUUUGAAUUUGCUGCUGCAACAGAUAAUUGGUUUGGAACAUAUAUUUAUAAAUUUAAUGCUGGUGUACUUGUUCUUCAUCCAUCACAAAUUGUUUUUAAUGAACUUAUGCGUACAUAUAUAAUACCAGGAAAUUAUCGUACUGUCAUGGCUGAACAAGAAUUUCUAAAUCAAUUUUUUCGUCUUCGCUAUUUACAAUUACCAACAGUUUAUAAUAUGAAUAUGGCUGUUUAUUCUAGUAAACAAUAUUUAUGGGAAACAUUGAGACCAGAUUUUAAAAUUGUACAUUUUACGAUAAGAAAACCAUUUAUGUCCGAUGGAAAAAGUACACGAGGAUAUAAAGGUGUUUAUGACUUAUAUGAUGAGGUUUAUACAGAUUUUCUUAAAAAUCCAAAGGUAUCUUUACUCCGAACAUCUUGUUAUUUGAUUCUAUAA